AUGUCUGGGUCUACGAGCAAGUAUAAACUGUCCCGUAGGGGACGCAAGCUUCAAAUCUCUGAUGACCAAAGGACCAUAAUUGCUUUACCUAAAGAUAUUCCUGAACGUACUUGGAUGGAAAUUUUUCAAAAAGAAGAAACCGAUCUGAUGAUAUUUGAUGUCAGGGAAGAGAUUGUUGAAGCUGCCAUACAAUUUUGUUACGAGAAAUACAUGGAAAAACAAAACGCUAUAUUUACUGCACACUGUGCAGGGCAAGCAUGGCUCAAACUUAUAAACUGGUAUUUCUAUCGACACGACCCUGGAGAAGAUCCGAGCGCAUAUCCCCCCUGUUUUAUUCCAAAUCGCGAAGAGUCUUGGAUACCUGAUGAAAUGCCCGAUCCAUCUCCUAAAGACACCUGGAGUCAACAGAACUUGGCGGUGGCUGAGGAAACUCAAGAUGAAGCCCUCCAGAAGUGGAUAAGCUCUUCGUCCUUGGACUAUCCAAUCGAAGAGGAAAUUCCACGGGAGUAUUGGUUCCCCGGCAAGGUACAGCUGUCGAGUGAAAUACGGCUAAGAUUGGAUAUAGACAGAGAAAUUAGCUAUGGUUAUGUGCAGGAAUCGAGUGGCACUGUAGCUACGCAGUCGGAGGAAAAAAUUGGUACUGAGAGCGAAGUUCUCCAGAAAGUGACUGACUACAGUGCUGAAGAACUCUCCAAGGUUUCAACAAUGAGUGUAUUGAGGAACACUACGCCAGUAGAUGGAUCUCUCCAUGGUGCCGGAGACUCUACGAUGGUGAGGGUUAAGGGACGAAAACUUGCCGAUAGGAAAGAUAAAAAUAUGUCCCGCUCUUUUCACGCAAACAACAUGAGAGCCUCAAGCCGCGGGAGCAAGAUGCUUCCUCCGCUGGACCACACAGAUUCGCGAUCGCGUAUCAGCAUCAUAUCGGAUUGCCGCUUAAGGAAUCUAAGGUUGGAUACGCACUUCGAAAUAUCCUCGGAAAUAAUGGAUUCCCCGUAUGGAGAGGUUACGAAACGAAAGUGA